AUGUCUUUCGUGAAAUCCUUCGAGAAUUUGACAUACAUUGCUUCUGGUCCAAUUUUGUCGGUUUUGGAUGUCAGCCAAGAUAAUGCAAUUCCAGAAACAUUGUUUGAAUGGGAAAAUAUCAAGGAGGAAAAUAUAAUCAAACCGGAAAAUAAUGAAUCGAAUGAAAAUGAAGAAGGAAAGCAACAAAUCAAGAAAGUUGAUGAAAUUGUGGUAAGGGUUUUUUCUGUUUUGGAAAAUUAAUUCAAAUGAAAAUGAACUUCAAAAUUAUACAUCUCAAAGAAUUGUGGUAUUUUUGAUAUGUGAAAUCUCCCACCUGAAAAUAUGUGUUCAAUUUUUUUUUGAAAAUUCCCACAUUUCUUUCCAGCCAAAUCUCCCACAUUCAUAUGUGAUAUAUAUUUUCUUGACAACUUCACAAAUAAUUUGUUUUAAAAAUCUUAAUUCAGAAGACUCCCGAAAAAUCGACCAAUGAUAAUUUUUCUGUAAUUUUUGAAAAACAAUGUUUCCCUUUAUGUAUUUUUCAAACUGAAUUUCUUUACAAAUUUAUCUGAAAAUUUUCAUCCCACUUUUUAAAAUCCCACCAUUCUCAAAAUUCCUCAUUUUUCCAGACAAUUUGUUUUGCACAUUCAAAUGGACCGAGACGUCUUUUGGCAGUUGGAACAAAUCAAAAAUUGGUGCACGUUCUCGAAAUGUCAGAGGUUGGCAAAAAUGCGACGCAUUUGAUUUCAGCAGUCAUUCCAAAAGCACCGACUUCUUGCUCAUUUGACAAGGUUUCUCUCUUUUUCUUAAUUUAAAAAAUGCCAUUAUCAAAAUAUUUUUUAGGAAGAUGCAUAUGUAAUUGUUGGUGAUCGAUCUGGCGAUGUUCAUCGAUUUUCAAUUGAAACUGGAGUAGUUUCUGAAUUGGCUGGCGCGAUUUCAAUGGUUUUAUCAGUUGGUUUGACACAAGAUGGGAAGAGAUUAUUAAUGGCAGAUCGAGAUGAGAAAUUGAGAAUUGUUAGAUAUCCAAAUACUUUUGUUAUUGAAGCGUUUUGUUUGGGACAUACGGAAUAUGUUAGAAGUGUUGCAUCAGCUGGAAAUGAUGUCGCUUAUACUGCAGGUAAUUUUAUUCUGAAAUUUUUAAAUUGUGAGGUUUCAAAUGGCUUCUGAAUUUGAAAAUCUUGGGGCACAAACAUUUUGAAAAAAGAAAACUUCAUAUCGGAAGUUUUCUUUUUAUCAAAAUUAAAAGUUCCGCUGAGAUUUUUGAAGUCCAACUGAAAAAAGGUUGUUUAAUUUUGAACUAUUUUCACUGACAAAAGCCUUAAAUUUUGCCAAUUUUUAUAUCCAUGUUUACUUUUUUCUAGGAGGAGAUGGAUUUGUUCGAGAAUGGCAAAUUGAUAAUGGAAAAUCAAUUAGUUCAACUCUCAUUUCAUCCGAAAAAUCACCUAUUCGAAAAAUUGUUCUAAAUUCCGAUAACUCGAAACUAGCAGUUAUUCUUGAAAAAAGUUCCAAAUUGUAUUUGCUGAAAAUUGGAUCGAAUACAGUAACCGAAGUAUUAUUGGAAAAUGAAAAUGAAAUAAUCGAUUUGGAAGCAAUAAAUGAUGGACGUUUUGUUGUUUUGAGUCGGUAAGCUUUUAAAAAGCUAUAAUUUAUAUUUAUAUCUAUAUCUAUCCCCACUCUUUCACUCAUUAUUUAAUUAUAUAGUGUGCUCUUUUGUUGUUCCUCCCUCCACUUUCAUUUCUUAUUUAAUUUGACAUGUGUUCUUUCUUUAGUGGAACACAACAGACAAAUAUCAAACAACUUUUGAUUAAUUUAUAUAUUUGUUUUUUGUUUCUCUGAGAAAAAGUUCAUGUUUUUUUUCCAGAAACCAAAUAUUAUUGAUCGAUAGCGAUUCGUCUACAGUAAUCCGGAAAAUCCAAAUCGACGGAAAAUUGUUAGAAAAUCUUGGGAAACACAAUGAUGCAGUUGAGAAUCUCUUCAAAAAUGUGACUUUCAAUAAUCAACAAGAAUAUGAAAAACGAAAGGUUGGUAAUUUUAAUGGAAUUUUGAGAAAACUAGAAUAAAUAUUUGUUUCAGACCGAAAAAUUCGCGAAAGUUGAAGAGAAGAAGGCUUUGAAACGAAAAGCCACCUAA